UCGUGAACAGCACGAGCAGCAUUGUCAGCAAUUAAAAGGACCAACAUAUCGCUAAUUCAUAGUUAGUGGUUGAAUGAAGUUUAAGCGGUUUUUCUAAAAGGUAUUCGAGGCAUUUUUAAAGGGAGAAUUGUGACAUAGACUGACUUCGCGAAUGAUAAUGUCAAUUUGACAAAGAAUACAUUUUAUAGAACGAUGACUUGUACGUUACCAUGGAGAGGAACAUUGGUAAAUCGGACAGUGGCAAGUAGUUUAGCUCAAUUUUUAUGUAGAAAAAGAAAGGAAUGACAUGAACAGUGUGUUCGGAACCUCUGAAAAAUCGCGAGUUUCUGCUUUCAAAAAUAUUAAGAUUAAAUCGUUGGACUUCAAAAAGUUAGUUUUUUUUCAAUCUCAACUGAUUCAAUGAUUGUAAAAAAUGCAAGGAAGUUCUUCUACCAACAGAACACCAUAAUAUUAGACUACCUGACCGACAACUGGAGAUAUGGAAGCAGAUAUUCAGGUAGACGAUUGCAGUGCCACCUGUUCUAGUAGAAAACAAGACAAAAUUCUCAAUGAUAACCAAGUCAAGAAAAAAUCAAAUAUAACGCCACAUUACAUGCAGAGCGUGGCUAUUCAACCCAUUAUACACCCAGUGGACAGGAAUAUACUUUGGAGCUUUCUAUUAUCAGUAAUUUUCGUUGUCAUUGCUAUUAUAACUGGAAUUCCCUUUGUUAUUUUCCUGGCGCUCUUGAUACCAAUUGUUCUUUUCAUUCGUCAUGCUUGCGCAAAGUAUUGUUACUGCAGAAGUGGCAAUAGAGGUGUAUGUGGUACCAAGAAACUUCACCUGCUAUCAGCAGUUGAUGCAUUUUGGUUACACGAUUCAGAUUUUAAUCGUUUUGUGUCUCACUGCAUAUUUUUCGUAGAACGAGGAAUGAACGCAGAAAAGCUACGAGAGCUCGUACUGACACGAGUUAUUACCAGACAGUAUAACAUGGGACUCGCAUUCCCACGAUUCACUCAGAAAAUUAGCUCAGUUUCGACAGGUUACUGUUGGGUUGAGGAUGAGAAUUUUGCACUUAAAAACCACAUAUUUGAGGAACAAAAACGAAUAGCCAGUAAAAGAGAACUUGAAGACUACCUGACAUUCCUAAUGGGCCAACCUAUGUCGCAGGAUCGCCCUCUUUGGGAGAUCCGAGUAGUUCCGAACUUCGGCAAGACUAAAGAUACAGUAUUUGUGCUCCGUGUGCAUCUUGCUGUCAGUGAUGGUAUAUCGUUUGUAAAGAUUCUAGGCAAUUGUCUGGCAGACAGCCGGCAUAACCUAAGACUUAAACCUCGGUACGGUGGGACCACAUUCCCUUUUAACGUAUUCCGGGCCCUUUUGGUGGGUCCUUUAACUUUUGUAACUUGGUUGCUAUAUUUCAGACGAGACUGUAACCUCCUUCAGCAUUCGCAACGUCUUUCUGGCGAAAGAGUGGUUUCCUGGUCGCGUAAUAUACGAUUUUCCAAAAUCCAGCGUAUCAAACAAAUCACUCGAAGUAGCAUCAAUGACGUACUUCUUUCUGCCGUCACUGGAUCUCUGCGAGCCUACUUCCAACAAAAUGGAGUGGAACAUCCACCAGAUGUAACGAUGAAUAUUCCAAUUGAUUUACGGUUUGAAACCUCAGUGGUGGAGUCUGUUCCUGAAAUGGGUAACCGAUAUGCUAUUGUGAAUACUCGUUUACCGACCAAUACAGAGGGCGCUAUACCUAGACUUUGGGAGGUGCGCCACCUGAUGGAAGAUUUGAAAACCUCAGCAGACUCUGUAGUGAUGUAUGGCGCUGUACACUAUCUGUUUAAUCUUCUUCCACAUGCUCUUGCUAGCUGGUUUUUUCGAGUUAUACUUAGGAAAGCCACCUUAAUUUACAGUAAUCUUCCUGGACCAGACGAUGCAGUUGUCUUGGGUUCCCAUCGGUUAAAAAAAAUCAUGUUCUGGAUGACUUCCAGCGCGGAAAUUCCAGUAUCCAUUUCCGUAUUUUCCUAUGGAGGGUCAAUAAACCUAGCUAUAGCUGCUGAUAAAAUGGUUAUUCCAGAUCCUAAAGUGAUCGUGAAAGAGUUCAGUGCUCAGAUCAAUCAUCUCUCCCGACUUUUGUCCAAGCGACGUAUACCAGGAGAACAUAGGCGGCGCAGUAGUUUCACCGCUGAGAGGCGUAGAGAAGAGAUACUGAAGCCCCCUCUACAGCAGAUUGAACAAAAACUACACGAUGUACAAGACGAACUUAGAGAGAUCACGCUUAGAAUUGAAGAAGCCUCGAACCCAGACUGCUCCCCAUCAGAAUUCAGACAGCUAACAGCAUCUCAUGCUGUUUUGAGUACGAGAGUAGAAGAACUAAAGGAGGAGUUCUCCGAGUUAUUGAUGGAGCUCCGGAGACGAAAGUCCUUAGCGGAUGGUCGAGUAUCGACAGAGGAUGAAGAUAAUGAUGGAUUAUUACGGAGGUCUCGUAAGAGGGCGUUAUCAAUCACAGGAAGAAGAUCCAGCUUAAGUGCCGUAACAUCGUCAAUUAUGUCGACAUCUCGUCCUCUGACCACCCCCACAACUCCUCAUCACAGCAUUUGUGUACCGCCUAGUCCCGAAAUGGACCACCCUGAGUCGCCCUCAAGUGAUCAGUACCGGUCUCUUCUCCUUGGCGGAUUACAAGGACGAAUCAACUUUCACAGUCACGAGGAAGAUAGUGUUGAACGGAUGUGUUGAAACUAGUGUCAUAUUAUCAGAACUGAACGGAUGUGUUGACAGAAGUGUCUUAUUUUCAGAACUCAACGGAUGUGUUGAAACGAGUAUCAUAUUGACUCAGUUGAACGCUUGUAAUAUUGUUUGAACUGAACGGAUGUGUUGAAAAUAGUGUCAUAUUGUCUGAACCGAAUGGAUGUCAUAUUUUCAGAAUUGAACGGAUGUACUGAAAGGAAUGCCAUAUUGUGUGAACUUAACGAAUAUAUAAACUGAUGUGUUGACACGAGUGUUAUGGUAACUGAACUAAACAGAUGUUUUGACACAAGUAUCAUAUUUUCAGUGAACUGUUCUUCGUCAACCAUGUAAUCUGUAGUGCUGAGCUUAUGCUGUAUUCAAGGUUAGGUAGGCUGCUUUACGUGGGAUUCCCUUGUGAUUUAAGUUUCGGUACUUAAUGUAUUUUGACGGUAUUCUUUAAAGACUCGUGAUACCAAGAACUUAACAGAUUCUCAAGAAGAGAAACGAAAACCAAUUACAAACGAUAUAGUCAACCAUACAACAUAUGAAUUAAAGUUGACAUAUUAAAAAGUACUGAUGUGUGUAAUCAUUUUAAGGAUAAUAAAAGUAGAAAAAUACCAAUUAGUGCAAAACCUAA